GGUAAAGUCGAAUAUCUGGUGAAAUGGAAAGGAUGGCCUCCAAAGUACAGCACAUGGGAGCCAGAAGAGCACAUCCUGGACCCCCGCCUGGUCAUGGCCUAUGAGGAGAAGAGCCCUGGUGGCCGGCUGAGAAGCGACCGCUCGCUCCAGACGAGGACACUGAGGUCCAGAGGGGAAGCGACCGGCCAAGGUCUCCCGUGGAUCAGGGGAGAGCUGGGCCUGGAACAGGGUGUCCUGGUGCCCAGCACCAGCUUCCGAGAGAAGAUUCUCACCCUUAAAGGCUGGCAGGUCCCUCCUGGCAGCCGAGCGGCUGCUAUCACAGCGCCUUGGCUGCUGCUUUCAGACGCCGGCUCCGGGGCCCCGGGGCAGACCUGCUGCGGCCAAGCGCACAGGCAGGGAGGGAGGGCCCCACACGAGGUGCGUCUCCCCAGCACCUCUGGAGACAGCAGACAGCUGCCGCCCCGAGGAGGGCUGGCGGUGGAACAGCUGCCUGGGACUCGCCGGUUUUGCUGAGCUCAGAUGGAGAGACCGCCCCGGGUCACACAGCCCGCAGCGGGAAGGGGGCACGCUCCCGGCCCCCGCAUUCUCUCUCCUGCCCACAUGGCCUCUGCAGUGGGGGCUAGCUAUAGAAAGUGGGAUGGAAUGAAAUGAAAAGGUGGAAUGAAAAUGGCUUUGAAGCUGUUGCUGGAGUCUCUGUUGCGAUGUCUCGCAUGUGUCCCGUGUGACUUUGUACACAUCCUUGGGUUGUGUGUGUGUUUGUGCAGGUGGGUUGUGGGGAGGGCACCCAGCAGAGAACCUGGCAUCCACCAGGGACUCCGAACAGGCGAGCUUUCCUCCCUUUCCCCAACCAGAUGAUACAGUGAGGGCCUGUCCUCUCCGCCAGGUUCAUGCAGAUCCCAAACGGGGGGACAUCUGGGCAGGGCUUCGCUUACAGAAGGACCGUGCCCGUGCUCAUCAGCCCCCCUGGGACGUCUGAGGCAAAUUUGAUUGGCAGGUUUCUAUACAACUCUCCUGAGGGUGGAAACUGUUUUGUUUUGGAGGGUGUUCCUAGUGGCGUGCAGAGCGGGGCUCUGGCUUGACCUUGGAGCCCGGUAAAGACACGCCUGCUUUUGGAGAUGUCGCCCGCGUCCCUCCUCAGCAUUAGGACCGGUGGCUGUGCCCUCCCCUUUUGUCAGAGGGGAAGACCGGGGCCCUGGGAUAUGAACGUGGGACCCCACUGUUACGGUCUAACGAGGGCAAUGGGGAGGAGUCCCUACUCCGGGGUCUGGGGGUGGCCUGUGGUGGGUGCCCCCUUUCCCCAUAGACAGCGGAGGGCUGGGCAGAGUGGAUGCUUUCCUUUCCCUUAAAUGUCACCAGUGUUUGCUUUCCUUCUGCCAUCUGCUUUGCACCCCAGGGAGGAGAGAGACCGAGCGUCGGGGUAUAGGAAGAGAGGUCCGAAACCCAAGCGGCUUCUGCUGCAGCGGCUGUACAGCAUGGACCUGCGGAGCUCCCACAAGGCCAAGGGCAAGGAGAAGCUGUGCUUCUCCCUGACGCGCCCACUCGGCAGCGGGAGCCCUGAGGGGGUGGUCAAGGCAGGGGCGCCCGAGCUGGUGGACAAGGGCCCCUUGGUGCCCACCCUGCCCUUCCCGCUCCGCAAGCCGCGCAAGGCCCACAAGUACCUGCGGCUCUCACGCAAGAAGUUCCCGCCCCGCGGGCCCGACCUGGAGAGUCACAGCCAUCCACGGGAGCUCUUCCUGCAGGAGCCAGCAGCCCCGGACGUCCUGCAGGCGGCCAGCGAGUGGGAGCCUGCUGAGCAGCCCCCCGAGGAGGAGGAUGCAGACCUGGCCGAGGGGCCCCCUCCUUGGACUCCCGUGCUCCCCCCGAGCGAAGUGACAGUGACCGAUAUCACCGCCAAUUCCGUCACCGUCACCUUCCGCGAGGCCCAGGCGGCUGAAGGUUUCUUCCGGGACCGCGGCGGGAAGUUCUGAGUCACCGUUUUUACUCUUCGUAAACUGUUUGCUUUUGGGCUUGGGGUGGGGACUUCCAGAGAUGGG